UCUUCUGUUGUUACAUUUGGUGUCGCUGCCUACCGACAAAUGAAAAGCCUAUACCCUGCAGUUUUUGAUGGAGACAUAUGGAUCUUCGGGCAGGACUUCAAGGCUUCUGCGCAGUUGAGUGGCGUUCAAGAUCUGCCAGCGAUGGAGCUGCUACUUGAGACGCUGCUGGGAGGUCGGGCGAAAGCAGCAUAUGAAGGUGUCGGCCGAAGUAUGGACGAAUGUUCGACAGGGUCAGGCAAACAGUUUCCAAAGUGGGAAGGACCAUAUAUGGUCACUUCGAGAUGGGGUUACGCAGACACAGUCGCAAUGGCGAACAAGGAGAGGCGCGUGAACGUCAGCGAGCUCCAGAAAUGGAUACAGCGAGACAAGCCAACGAUGACGCCUGCACCAAGUAGAUCAAGCCGACUUCAGUCGCACGUAUUUGACGGGGGGACGAGUGUGGUGAGAGCAGGCUGCUAGCCGAUUGGUCGGCACUAAUCUACGUUAAGGUCUAGGUCACUAAUAUGGGCCGUGAGAAAAUAUGAACAAGACUGAGUCAACAACCAAUCGCAGCAAAGUUAACGUGGCAAAAUGUGAUUCGCAGAGAGAACUC